AUGGACUUUCUCAGAUAUGUUUUUCGGUACUUUGGACCACCAGAACCAGAUGAAGCACAAUCUAAAAGGGCUGUUUUGACUGUGAAAAAAUUUCAGGACCUAAUACCUGUGUAUAGCAUGGAUGGUACAUCAAAGUCGUGCAAUAUUAAAUAUUUUCUAAUUAGUUGGACUGUGUUAGGCCGUCUAUUGAGGUACAUUGAAGGAGGUAUUGGAGAGGAAAAUGUCGCAUCACCCAACAAGGCAGCCUCUAUCGCUAUCUCCCAGAAUAAAUGUGCCUCGCAGUCUGGGAAUUCUGUAUCAAAAGACGAUGUCUUUUACAAGCGUACCUCAGAUGGGAAUUAUGUACCAGUCACUUCCACACCUUUAAAAUCCUUGUCUCUCCCCACUCUACACAAAAGAGAUCCCUCUGAUUCAGUUUAUAUUAACACUGGGGAAUGGGACGGUUGGCCCAAUGGAAACUUCAAGUACGACUUUAGACCUGCAGAGAUAGAAGCAACAGGAAAUCUCCGUGUGCAUUGGGCCGUUCGAGUUAACGGAGGUGAUCAAAAAGGAAAUGAGCAUGCUGAAAACUGGGAGGGAGGGAAGAAAUCCUCAAGACGCUGCCUGGGGGUCAUUGAAUGUGACAAUCCGCUUUGCAAAACACUUGUCCAACCCCACACAGCGGCUCAAGGAAUUAACAAGCAGUUAACCGAACCAUGUCAAUGUGGGGCUGAGCUCUCUCACCACAGGUGCAACAUAAUUUCUUACCUCUGGCGAUGGUUGGAUGGUGUUCAUUACAAAAAUGGACUCGAUGGGCCUGGCGAAUCCAUUGCGGAUAUCUCAGAUGUGUUUUUGAAUGCUCACCGUGUCAGCAAAGAGCGUUCAAAACUCAAGAAGGGUCAUGUCCAGGGCACUGAUGCUUUGUUAGCUUCAUUUUCCAAGUUCGCUAAUGAGCAUCCAAACUUUGUUAUCCAUCCCACUCUCAGUGAAGAGGUGGUCAUAUUGGUCCAGACAAAUUUCAUGCGAUCACAAAUGGUCAAGAAUCAGUGUUUGGGGGGUUCAGUCAAUGGAAUGGUGAAUGACGCUACUCAUGACUUUUGGAAGGAGCGAACUUCCCUCCUUGUUGUUUCUUCGACUUAUUGCUCAACACUCUUAUGCUGGGUUCCUGGAGUCUUAUCCUACUCAAACGGAGCUAGUGCCAUCCACUUCGAGAACCACUUCCUUGCAGUUAUUAUGAGCAUCGCUCAUGAGGCAGAAGCACGAGGGAUUCCCAUAAUGGAUGAUCUCUUCGUGGGGGUCAUGGACUUCAGUGAGGCAGAGCGUAGUGGAUUCAUCCGAGGCUUUGUUGUCUUCUGGAUGGCUCGACCUAAUAAUACACAAAAUCGGCAGGAGCUUCAGGUGGCUGCAGAGCAUCUCCUGAAAGGAUGUAGAGAACAUUACCAUGCUGGUGUUACACAUGUCAGCCGUAUCUCUGGCGUCAUUUCACCUGCAAUGAAUUCACUUCACAGGCUUUUCUCCUGGUACACGAUUUCCCUAAGCUUGCUUCCUGGAUGGAAUAGUGGACACAGCUGGCUCAUGCAUCUAUGCUCUUUGAGUCUGAGAGAAAAAUGGAUAUUGAUCUUUGGGAUUCUCUGCCAGCUGACAAUAACGCAGAGGAAGCGAUGCAUUGGAAGCUUUACAGUGCCUGCGGCCGUAAUCAUGAAUUUUUAG